GGUCCUGCCGCUCCCAGCGCUCUCCGCAGCCGCAGCCGCCACCUCAGCCGCGGAGCGACAGCCGGACGGGCGGGCCCUCGCCGGCGUCGUGCUGACGUCACGUGCGUGCUGACGUCGCCGGCGGCCGCGGCCUCUGAAGCGGGCUGGGGCUCGGGGGGCGCCGAGUUUGAGUAGUUUGGGGGCUGCUGAGCGCUGGGCGUUGCUCCCGCCUCCCGCUGCGCCCCGCAAGCCGCGCCUCUAGCGGGCUAGGUGAGCCCCGCCCGGUCCCGCGGGGACCCGCACGAGAGGCUGGGCGGCGCUCGGAGAAAGUUGGCGGCUCCCAGACUGGCAGGCGGGCGGGCGGGCGGCCGCAGCCAUGGAGCCCCGCAGCAUGGAGUACUUCAGCGCCCAGGUGCAGCAGAAGGACGUCGGCGGCCGGCUGCAGGUCGGCCAGGAGCUCCUGCUCUACCUCGGCGCGCACGGCGCCAUCCCGGACCUGGAGGAGGACCUGGGCCGCCUGGGCAAGACCGUCGACGCGCUCACCGGCUGGGUGGGUUCCAGCAACUACCGGGUAUCAUUAAUGGGAUUGGAAAUUUUAAGUGCCUUUGUGGAUAAAUUAUCAACACGAUUUAGAGCCUAUAUAACAAUGGUUAUUGUAGCUUUAAUAGACAGAAUGGGAGAUGCCAAAGACAAGGUUCGAGAGGAAGCUCAGACUCUGAUGCUGAAGUUAAUGGAUCAAGUAGCACCACCUAUGUACAUUUGGGAGCAGUUGUCUUCUGGUUUUAAACACAAGAAUUUUCGAUCUCGAGAAGGCGUGUGUCUGUGUCUUAUUGAAACCUUAAACAUUUUUGGAGCUCAGCCACUAGUCAUCAGCAAGUUGGUACCACAUUUGUGUAUCCUGUUUGGAGAUUCCAACAGUCAGGUAAGAGAUGCUGCAAUAUCGGCUAUAGUGGAGAUUUAUAGACAUGUGGGAGAAAAAGUGAGGAUGGAUCUUUAUAAGAGAGGAAUUCCCCCUGCUAGAUUAGAAAUGAUAUUUGCCAAAUUUGAUGAAGUGCAAAGUUCAGGCGGUAUGAUUUUGAGUGUCUGCAAAGAUAAAAGCUUCGAUGAUGAAGAAUCAGUGGAUGGAAAUAGGCCGUCAUCAGCUGCUUCAGCCUUCAAGGUUCCUGCACCUAAAACAUCCGGAAAUCCUGUCAACAGUGCAAGGAAGCCCGGUUCAGCAGGUGGCCCUAAGGUUGGAGCAGGUGCUUCUAAGGAAGGAGGUGCUGGAGCAGUUGAUGAAGAUGAUUUUAUAAAAGCUUUUACAGAUGUCCCUUCUAUUCAGAUUUAUUCUAGUCGAGAACUUGAAGAAACAUUAAAUAAAAUCAGGGAAAUUUUGUCAGAUGACAAACAUGACUGGGAUCAGCGUGCCAAUGCACUGAAGAAAAUCCGAUCAUUGCUUGUUGCUGGAGCUGCACAGUAUGAUUGCUUUUUUCAACAUUUACGCUUGUUGGAUGGAGCACUUAAACUUUCAGCUAAGGAUCUUAGAUCCCAGGUGGUUAGAGAAGCUUGCAUUACUGUAGCCCACCUUUCAACAGUUUUGGGAAACAAGUUUGAUCAUGGCGCUGAAGCCAUCGUACCUACACUUUUUAAUCUGGUCCCCAAUAGUGCAAAAGUCAUGGCAACUUCUGGAUGUGCAGCAAUCAGAUUUAUCAUUCGGCAUACUCAUGUACCCAGACUUAUACCUUUAAUAACAAGCAAUUGCACAUCAAAAUCAGUUCCUGUCAGGAGACGUUCAUUUGAAUUUUUAGAUUUAUUGUUACAGGAGUGGCAGACUCAUUCAUUGGAAAGACAUGCAGCUGUCUUGGUUGAAACUAUUAAAAAAGGAAUUCAUGAUGCUGAUGCUGAGGCCAGAGUGGAGGCAAGAAAGACAUAUAUGGGUCUUAGAAACCACUUUCCUGGUGAAGCUGAAACAUUAUAUAAUUCCCUUGAGCCAUCUUAUCAGAAGAGUCUUCAAACUUACUUAAAGAGUUCUGGCAGUGUAGCAUCUCUUCCACAAUCAGACAGGUCCUCAUCUAGCUCACAGGAAAGUCUUAAUCGCCCUUUUUCAUCCAAAUGGUCUACAGCAAAUCCAUCAACUGUGGCUGGAAGAGUAUCAGCUGGCAGCAGUAAAGCCAGUUCCCUUCCAGGAAGCCUGCAGCGUUCACGAAGUGACAUUGAUGUGAAUGCUGCUGCUGGUGCCAAGGCACAUCACGCUGCAGGACAGUCUGUGCGAAGUGGGCGGUUAGGUGCAGGUGCCCUGAAUCCAGGUUCCUAUGCAUCUCUAGAGGAUACUUCUGAAAAGCUGGAUGGAACAGCAUCUGAAGAUGGCCGGGUGAGAGCAAAACUUUCAGCACCACUUGCUGGCAUGGGAAAUGCCAAGGCAGACUCUAGAGGAAGAAGUCGAACAAAAAUGGUGUCUCAGUCACAGCGUUCAUCAUCACCUGACAAAAAUGAAGGAUCACAAUCUGCUAAUACCAUUGGUGCUGGUAGCCGGUCUGGGUCUCCAGGAAGAGUUCUGACCACAACAGCCCUGUCCACUGUGAGCUCUGGUGUUCAAAGAGUCCUGGUCAAUUCAGCCUCAGCACAAAAAAGAAGCAAGAUACCACGGAGCCAGGGAUGUAGCAGAGAGGCUAGUCCAUCUAGGCUUUCAGUGGCCCGAAGCAGUCGUAUUCCUCGACCAAGUGUGAGUCAAGGAUGCAGCCGGGAAGCUAGUCGGGAGAGCAGCAGGGACACAAGUCCUGUUCGCUCUUUUCAGCCCCUCGCCUCCAGACACCAUUCCAGAUCAACUGGUGCCCUCUACGCCCCCGAAGUGUAUGGGGCCUCAGGUCCGGGUUACGGGAUCAGCCAAUCAAGUCGACUGUCAUCUUCUGUUAGUGCCAUGCGAGUCUUGAACACAGGUUCUGAUGUGGAGGAGGCGGUAGCAGAUGCCUUGCUCUUAGGAGACAUACGGACUAAGAAAAAACCAGCUCGAAGAAGAUAUGAAUCAUAUGGAAUGCAUUCAGAUGAUGAUGCCAACAGCGAUGCAUCUAGUGCUUGUUCAGAACGCUCCUAUAGUUCUCGAAAUGGUAGUAUUCCUACAUAUAUGAGGCAGACAGAAGAUGUGGCAGAAGUCCUCAACAGAUGUGCUAGUUCCAAUUGGUCAGAAAGGAAGGAAGGUCUCCUAGGUCUGCAGAACUUACUGAAAAAUCAGAGAACACUAAGUCGAGUUGAACUGAAAAGGUUAUGUGAAAUUUUCACAAGAAUGUUUGCUGAUCCUCAUGGCAAGAGAGUAUUCAGCAUGUUUUUGGAGACUCUAGUGGAUUUCAUACAAGUCCACAAAGAUGAUCUUCAAGAUUGGUUGUUUGUGCUGCUGACACAGCUACUGAAAAAAAUGGGUGCUGAUUUGCUUGGAUCUGUUCAGGCAAAAGUUCAGAAAGCCCUUGAUGUUACAAGAGAAUCUUUUCCAAAUGAUCUUCAGUUCAAUAUUUUAAUGAGAUUUACAGUUGAUCAGACCCAAACACCAAGCUUAAAGACAGUCAAGCCAGCACUUCGGGACCAGCUUCACUCUUUUUGGAGCUCCAAGGUGAAGGUUGCUAUCCUUAAAUACAUAGAAACUCUGGCCAAACAGAUGGAUCCAGCAGAUUUUAUAAAUUCUAGUGAAACUCGCUUAGCAGUAUCUCGGGUCAUCACUUGGACAACAGAACCCAAAAGUUCUGAUGUUCGGAAGGCAGCGCAGUCAGUGCUGAUAUCAUUAUUUGAACUCAAUACCCCAGAGUUUACAAUGUUAUUAGGAGCUUUACCAAAAACUUUUCAGGAUGGUGCUACCAAGCUUCUUCAUAAUCACCUUCGGAACACUGGCAAUGGAACCCAGAGUUCCAUGGGGAGUCCUUUGACAAGACCAACACCACGAUCACCAGCUAACUGGUCCAGUCCUCUUACUUCUCCUACCAAUACAUCACAGAAUACUUUAUCUCCAAGUGCAUUUGAUUAUGACACAGAAAAUAUGAACUCUGAAGAUAUUUAUAGCUCUCUUAGAGGUGUUACUGAAGCAAUCCAGAACUUCAGCUUCCGUAGCCAAGAAGAUAUGAAUGAGCCAUUGAAAAGGGAUUCUAAAAAAGAUGAUGGUGAUUCAAUAUGUGGUGGUCCUGGGAUGUCUGACCCAAGAGCGGGAGGUGAUGCUACUGACUCAAGCCAAACAGCUCUUGAUAAUAAAGCUUCAUUGCUCCAUUCGAUGCCUACUCACUCUUCUCCACGCUCUCGAGACUAUAAUCCAUAUAACUACUCAGAUAGCAUCAGUCCCUUCAACAAGUCUGCCCUCAAGGAAGCCAUGUUUGAUGAUGAUGCUGACCAGUUUCCUGACGAUCUUUCCCUAGACCAUUCUGACCUAGUUGCAGAGUUGUUGAAGGAGCUGUCUAACCACAAUGAACGUGUAGAAGAAAGAAAAAUCGCCCUCUAUGAACUUAUGAAACUGACACAGGAAGAAUCUUUUAGUGUUUGGGAUGAACACUUCAAAACAAUAUUGCUUUUAUUGCUUGAAACCCUUGGAGAUAAAGAGCCUACAAUCAGGGCUUUGGCAUUAAAAGUUUUAAGAGAAAUCCUAAGGCAUCAACCAGCAAGAUUUAAAAACUAUGCAGAAUUGACUGUCAUGAAAACAUUGGAAGCACAUAAAGAUCCUCAUAAGGAGGUGGUGAGAUCUGCUGAAGAAGCAGCAUCAGUGUUGGCCACUUCAAUUAGUCCAGAGCAGUGCAUCAAAGUGCUUUGUCCUAUCAUUCAAACUGCAGAUUACCCAAUUAAUUUGGCUGCAAUCAAAAUGCAAACAAAAGUGAUAGAAAGAGUGUCCAAGGAAACCCUUAACCUGCUUUUGCCAGAGAUUAUGCCAGGUCUAAUACAGGGUUAUGAUAAUUCAGAGAGCAGUGUUCGGAAAGCUUGUGUCUUCUGUCUGGUGGCUGUUCAUGCGGUAAUUGGUGAUGAGCUAAAACCACAUCUCAGUCAACUCACUGGCAGUAAAAUGAAGCUACUGAAUCUUUAUAUCAAACGUGCACAAACGGGUUCUGGAGGAGCUGAUCCCACUACUGAUGUUUCUGGACAAAGUUAGUGAAGCUCGUCAAAGCGAACCAGGUCUCAAAAGAAAGGACAGAUAGACCACCCUCAUCAAUGAAAGGAAAUUCUCAAACACAUCCUUUGGAACUUACUAUUGUUUCCCAGUUUUAGUUUUUUGUUUUGUUUUGUUUUGUAUUUUCUGUAACAGAGGACUAUCCUCAGUCUGCAUGUAACUUUUAUGAUAGUUAUUCCAAAUUCAAGAAGAAGCAGUAUUAACAUCAAUUGAUCGAUACAAAGUAAUUUUUAAUCUAAUUCAUCAUUUCACAUGUUUGUACUUUGUCUUCCCAUUAACUUUGCCAGUGUUAUGAUUGUAUAAAUUUUUUUAAAUGCUGGUUAAACAGGAAUGCUUAAAGCUUUAAAAGUUUUAACAGUCUAAAACAUUUUUGCCUUUAUUCAACUGCAGAAUAAUAUUUUUAUUGCUACUUUGAGUUUUGUUCCGUAUCAUGUCCUAUGCUAGAAAUAUUUAAAUGAUGUGAAACAAAGCAGGACUAAUUUGAACUACAGCUGGACUCUGUUUGUGUAAUGGUGAUACAUGUCAUUAGUUGCAACUUCUUUGGGGUGAUCUGUAGUUUGAAAACUAAAACCUCAAAGACAGAUGUUACAGAAUCAGCCAGUUCUGUAAAACUGAUAUUGUUUGUUGGUUAUUGAUCUUGCCAUCUUUAUUUAAAACCAUGUCCCUUCUAUGAUCCCGUAAGAAAGCUGCACCAAAUCAUCUGCCUGUUUUUUUCUUGAUACUGAAAUAGAAGGUUUUAUUGCAGGGUUUUUUUGGUUUGUUUAUAUCUUUAUUGUGAAUGAUGCUUUUUUUGUAUUUAUUAAUAUCAAAUUCACUUACUAAUAAACUUGAUAAAGGAAACAGACAAAAAAAAAAUCAAGUGCGUGUGUGUCCUUGACCGUCUUCUGUAUCUCACGUAAUAAACAAACUAAUUAUUGAGACAUGGGAGUGACCAGCACCUUUUCUUUAAAGGGUGGAACCUGGUUUCCUUUUACCAUGAAAUUGUCUUACUUGAAAAUAUUGAUCCUGAUGAGAGAGAAGAUGGUGCCAAGGCUAUCUUAGUAUAAUGGGCUCAAAUUCUCUACCUCUUCAGGGCUAAUACUUUUAACUGAGCUGCUGCCUAUAGUGUCUUUUGGAAAACUACAAAGGGUGAUUUUUCUGUUACUUUUUAACAAAUUUUUAAAAUCACCUUUUGCUACACUCAUUCUUUUCAUGUGCAGCCGACUUUCAAAAAUUACCAGUUUUGGUGAAAGGCCAAAUUAGAUAAUUUGGAACCAGGAUACUAAUGAUUUCUCAUCUUGACUUUUUAAAAAUCCUAAUAUAAAGUGAAUUUGAUUGAAAAGGCAAAUAGCUAUUAGGGAAGCAAUUUGCUAUUGUUACAGAGUUAUCUGUACUUUCUUUGUUUAAUUGAAAAAAAUGUAGAAAUGUAUGUAAAGAAUUUAAGACAAGUACUGAAUGGAUGAUUUGUCAUAGGCUUUCCCCUUCCUUUGUUUCUGUUCUAGCAGCAGGCAAAGUUUCUCUAUAUCCUCUCCCUCUACGUGUAACAAUUUUGUUUUCUACUGUUAAUUACAUUGUGUAUUUAUAGUUCUAUGCUUACUGUUGUGCAUAUACUGGCAAUAAAACUGUACAUAACAUUACUUGAAAAAGUUAAUAAUGUAUAUCAGUCAUUUUUCUGUCUCACAGUGUAACAGGUCACUCAGUUAAAGUUUUUCUUUAACUUUAGGUCUUGUAUCAGUGGUGUUCUCUUGAAUUUUGUAAGUCCAUCUGAGGAGAAAAGAUUUUUUAGGUGUAGCAACCACAAUCAAAGGUAUAUAGCUAUAUACACAUGUAUAUAUUACAGCUUAUCUGUAAGAAGAAAAUGCAUUUUAAACAUUGAACUCUUCUCGGUAGAUUUGACCUUUGGAUAUGUUUGUAAUCAUUUCUAAUCAAAAUAUUGAUUUAAUUUUGACAUCUGGUUUAAGAUACUGCUUUAACUACUGUUGACAACUAAGUAGAGUGACUUAAGCUGAAUAGUAACUCUAACUGGGAAAUUAGAUCAAGUACCUGGCAUCUAGUGGCAGACAGCCACUCAAGAAAUCAAUUAACUACACAAUGGAAAAAUAUGGUUUAAUGUGUCUAAAUGAAAGCUAAUGUAUAUAAACAUUUUAAAAAGUUUACAGUUCUAUAAUUUCAGUUGAUAAGGCUAUAAGAAAGUUAUUGAUUAUUUAAAUCACUAUAUAUGAUAGACCCUUAAUUUGUUCAUUCCAGAAACAUUUUUAGAUGUCAGCUACUUAAAAACAGUCACAAAAAGCUACUGUUUAAAUUUCCUGCUAUUCUCUACCAAAUUAUUAGUGUUCAUUUACUGCACUGCUGAGAACUAAUUAAAAGCAUAUAUUCCAGAUUG